AUGUCGUACGGUCCUAUUGGCCAACAUAUCAAGCGAGAAGAGUGUUUCUGGCCCCCCUUGGAGCUUCCCUUGGCACAUAGAUCAGUGCUGACAAACCCAAACCCAGGUAGCUGUGCAGGAGAAGAAGGUCCUGCUGCCACGGAGACCAGGAGCAAAGGAAGCUUCCGGGGAAGGAUGGAGCAGAAGGUCUUCCUAGAAGAUGCGGCCAUCUCAGACAUACCGAGCCAGCUUUUCAAGCAGCUCCGCUACCAGGCUGCUGAGGGGCCCCGAGAGGCUUGCAACCAACUCCACCGACUUUCCCGGGAGUGGCUGAGGCCAGAGCAACAAACCAAAGCCCAAAUCCUGGACCUGGUGGUCCUGGAGCAGUUCCUGGCCAUCCUGCCAGCGGAGAUGGCGAACUGGGUGAGGGAGUGUGGAGCAGAGAGCAGUUCCCAGGCGGUGGCCCUGGCGGAGGGCUUCCUCCUGAGCCAGUCAGUGGAGAACAAAUUGGAGGAGGAGCAGGUGAAGAAUCUGUUUGUAGAAGCAGGGCCUGAUUUCCCUGCAGCAGAGAGAGCUGUCUCAGGCACCGAACUGCGUCCACCCCAAACUGAGAUCAAGCGGGAGCGAGACGGGUGCCUUUCCUUUCCGGGAGCAGGCAUGUUGGCAGAAAUGGAUACUCAUCCAUCUCUUUGUCUUCAGGAAAGAGUGAAACUGGAUCAGGCUCUGGUGACCUUUGAGGAGGUCACCGUGUGCUUCACGGAGGAGGAGUGGGCCUUGCUGGAUGCUGGCCAGAGAGCCCUGCACAGCCAGGUCAUGGAGGAGAAUCGCAGGAUUGUGGCCUCUCUCGGAGGUGACAGGUGGGAAGAGGAGAAUAAGAGAGAACUACAUGGGAUGUCACUGGAAAGAGACAGAUGGAAAACUAGUGACCAGCAGAGAAGGAAGACUGAAGGUAAUCACAAUGGAAGGAAUGAUUGCCUUGCUUUGCAGGGCAAUGGCGGCCAUAACACAAUCCAAGAAGAGGUACACACUGGACAAGAAAAGAACGCAGACCAUGUGCACAAGAGAACAUACGGCUCUGAAUCAAACAAUAAAGCACACAGCAAACUUCAAACACAGAAUAAAUCGUAUAAAUGUAUGACGUGUGGAAAGAACUUUACUGAGAAGGCAAAGAUGAUUUACCAUCAAAGAAUUCACAUAGGGGAGAAGCCAUAUCAUUGUUUGGAGUGUGCAAAGAGCUUCAGUCAGAAGACACACCUCACUCGGCAUCAAAGAAUUCACACAGGGGAGAAGCCAUAUCAGUGUUUGAAGUGUGCAAAGAGCUUCAAUCGGAAGACAAACCUCACUCGGCAUCAAAGAACUCACACUGGGGAGAAGCCAUAUCGUUGUUUGAAGUGUUCAAAGAGCUUCAGUCGGAAGACAGAUCUCACUUCUCAUCAAAGAAUGCAUACAGGGGAGAAGCCAUAUCAUUGUUUGGAGUGUGCAAAGAGCUUCAAUUGGAAGACGCACCUCACUCGGCAUCAAAGAAUUCACACAGGGGAGAAGCCAUAUCAGUGUUUGAAGUGUGCAAAGAGCUUCAAUCGGAAGACAAACCUGACUUCUCAUCAGAGAACUCACACAGAGGCCCCUGGACAAGGGGCGGCUGGACCGCUUCUCUAG